GCGGGACCCGGGCGCUCGGCGCGGUGUGUGGGGCGGCGCGCACCCCACGAUGCUCAAGCGCUGCGGCCGCCGCCUGCUGCUGGCCCUGGCGGGAGCGCUGCUCGCCUGCCUGCUGGUGCUCACGGCCGACCCCCCGCCGCCCCCGCCGCCCGCCGAGCGCGGCCGGCGCGCGCUGCGCAGCCUGGCGGGCCCCGCGGGGGCGGCCCCGGCGCCGGGGCUGGAGGCGGCGGCGGCGCCCGGGGCGCUGGCCCGCGAGGUGCACAGCCUGUCCGAGUACUUCAGCCGGCUCACCCGCGCGCGCAGGGACGCGGGCCCGCCGCCCGGGGGCGCCGCCCGUCCCGCCGACGGCCACCCGCGGCCCCAGGCGGAGCCGCUCGCGCCCCACGACGUGUUCAUCGCCGUGAAGACCACCAAGAAGUUCCACCGCGCGCGCCUCGACCUGCUGCUGGAGACCUGGAUCUCGCGCCACAAGGAGAUGACGUUCAUUUUCACCGACGGGGAGGACGAGGCCCUGGCCCGGCGCGUGGGCAACGUGAUCAACACCAACUGCUCGGCCGCCCACAGCCGCCAGGCCCUGUCCUGCAAGAUGGCGGUGGAGUACGACCACUUCCUCGCAUCCGGGAGGAAGUGGUUCUGCCACGUGGACGACGACAACUACGUGAACGUGCGGGCGCUGCUGCGCCUGCUGGCCGGCUACCCGCACUCCCAGGACGUGUACAUCGGCAAGCCCAGCCUGGACCGGCCCAUCCAGGCCACCGAGAGGGUCAGCGAGAACAAGAUGCGCCCUGUCCACUUCUGGUUUGCCACGGGCGGCGCGGGCUUCUGCAUCAGCCGAGGGCUGGCCCUGAAGAUGAGCCCGUGGGCCAGCGGGGGCCACUUCGUGAGCACGGCCGAGCGCAUCCGGCUGCCGGACGACUGCACGGUGGGCUACAUCGUGGAGGCGCUGCUGGGCGUGCGCCUCAUCCGCAGCGGCCUCUUCCACUCGCACCUGGAGAACCUGCAGCAGGUGCCCGCCGCGGAGCUGCACGAGCAGGUCACGCUGAGCUACGGCACGUUCGAGAACAAGCGGAACGCCGUCCACAUUAAGGGCCCCUUCUCCGUGGAGGCCGACCCUUCCAGGUUCCGCUCCAUCCACUGCCGCCUGUACCCCGACACACCCUGGUGUCCCCGCACCGCCGUCUUCUAGCAGCCGCGGCUGAGACCCCGUCCCCGGGCGCCCUGGUACCCAAAGGGCCCGGGGACCCCUGUUGGGCCGCCCUGGCCUCGGCGUUUGAGGCGGCGAGGGCUGUGCCUCCGUGAGUGUGCGUGUGCCCACUGGUCGCAGGCUGCUGGCAGCUCUGCUCUGCUCGGCGAAGGAGCGGCACCCGUGCCCCAGCCGGCCCCGCGCCCCGAGGGCCAGGGGCUCCUAGCCCAGGCCGGGGGGAGUGGGCCGGCAGCGGCCACGGUGAGGGCGGUCCUGUGUGGCUCUGGGGGGGGUCCAUUGGGCAGAAAGGGGGCAGGGCUGCCCUGCCCGGCGGAGGCCCUGUGCCCGGGCACCUGUCCCGGAGCCCCCAGGACAACGGAGCCCUGGACGGAAGCUGGGUUUUAGGGGACAGUGGCCUGGUCCCCUCCCCCCACUGAGCUCUGGCCCUGCCCAGCAGCCUGUGAAGCCCCGUGGCCGUGGGGCCCCCCGCCCCGAGCCCCCUCAGAGGUCUUGCCUUUGUCUCCCGGAUUGGGGGGCAGAGCUGAGCGUAUCUCCUCUCCCAAGUAGAGGCCCGUCGCCCACAGUGGGCGGUUCUGUAAAUGUUGUGACAGUAUUUUUUACUGUGCUUGUUUCUAACGGGGGGGCUGUAAAAAGUGGGGUGUCCUUGUCUUGUUCUCGGGGAACGGGGGAGGGUGUGAUCUUGUCGUUUCUGUGGAUCAGAAAGAGCAGAAGCCACACUCGGGGUCGUCUCUGUGGUCGAAGCUGGAAGCAUCCGAGUUUUAUGUCCGGCGCUGACCUCCCGUCGGCCCCGGGCGCACCUGGCCGCGGGUUCUGUCUUCCGCUUUUCUUCCUGCAACGACGCAGCUAGGAAGGCGGACAAUGAGGGACCGUUCUCAGGGAAUCGCAGUGUGGUUGCUAUGGUGACGUCCUUGCUGUGAAUAAAGGUGCCUCUCGG